AUGCGAGUGUCUGUUCUACGCACGUGGGCACUGUUGACUUUGUCCAAUCCAUGCGGUGUACCGACACCACUGGCUUGUCAUCCUCGUCUUCGAUUCCGACCACCACGACCGGUUCUUGAGUUCUCUGAAAAUUCGACCACCGAUUCAGUAGAAAAUCAGACGGACUCGAUCGGCUAUGCCUCAGUGCCUUAUCGGUGUGUGCUGACGCACGAAUCACCGGAUUGGUUUGAGCAUCCGGACGGUUUAUCCGCACUGAUCGAAUCGGUUCUGUGUGUACUGAAUCAAAUAGCUCCUCCGCCCAAUACUCCCAGCACCACCACAUCCCCGGGGUGUGACGAAGGUGAAGAUAGAACUGGGGUCCCAGUGCCCUCGUUUGAAACUGUUUUCCGUGUUUUGCAAACCAAUCCGGACUCGUCCGCUGCACCUGUCUCCUGUCUGUCGUCAGAUCUGUUCCUCAGUCUCAUUACAGAUCUGAACGAGAAUUUAUCCAGACUACUGAUUGAACCGUCAAACCCCACAGACCCUGCUGUCAUGCUUCAAUCGCCCCAAUCCUCGGUGCCACCCGAACAGACCCGGGCCGCUGUGAUCUCAUCCAUGCUGGCCGCCACAAUGCUGGAUCGAAUGGGUGAUCGAAUUUGGCCGCACGAUCCCAAUCAACUGGUUCAACUAUUCGAAGUACGUAUCCCCGACCCUUUUUCCAACGCACACACACAUAUUUGUACAAGCCAGGUCGUUGUGGCCGAAGGUGUUGUAAACAAUUGA